AUGGUCAGCUUGACUGAAAAUGAGACUAGCCAUAAAGUUGCAUUUCUACUUCCUGAAAUUGCAAGGGUGGUUCAUGGCCAAGCAGUGAUCGCUGUCUUUAUUUACUAUCUUAGAAUUCUACAUAUUUAUGCAGCUAAAGGUAUGAGGGCGUAUACAUUGGCAGCUGCAGAGCGCAUGAAAUUGCUGCGAAGACUUGAUGUCAAGGAACACAGAGGAAAGACUCCUCUGCUGGUGGCUGUCACUGCCAGGCAGCCAGCUAUUGUCUAUGAUUUGAUCCAGACAGGAGCAGAUGUCAAUGCUGUAGACAACAAAGGGCAGUCAGCUUUACAUCUUGCUGCAACAUAUGGCUAUGCCCAAGUUCUUCAGGUUAUACUGUCAAUAGGUUUCCCUCUUGAUUUAGAAAUGAAGGAUUUUGAAGGGCAUACCCCACUCCACUGUGCUGUUCUAGCCCACAAUGCCCUACUCCGGGAGCAGGGUUGCCAGAUGUUGACUGAGGAACAGCAGAAAAAGCUUCAGCACCAGAGUGGAGAGCUGGAGUCCUGUAUCCACCUCCUGGUGCAAACAGGAGCCUCCAUCUACAGCAGGGAUGUGAAAAGCAACAAGACAGUUCUUCACUAUACAGUGCAGGAUGGGAACCUCUCCCUGCUCAGAUACUUCUUGGAGUUGAAUGCUUUCAAGUCCAAGGACUUUGUCAACAACAAGGCACAUGGCAACACAGCUCUGCAUAUGGCAGCUGCAUUGCCUCAUGACAAGAACCAGAAAGAAAUUGUCCAGUUGCUCCUUGACCACGGGGCAGACCCAAGCAUCCGAAAUUUAGACAACGACCAGCCAAUCCACAUGGCUCCUUCUGGAAAAGCUGGGGAUCAGGUUAGGCAUUUGCUGAAGAAAGGAAAAGUUGCAUCUGCAUUCAUUUCCUGUCACCAAAAUGCCAGAUCCUAG